AAAGAGUAACACGUGUUCAGUGAUCGGUGUGGUGCUCCAAUACGAGUUGUGACAAGUGUUGUAUGAAGUGAUCGGAAUAUAGUUGUAUUGUGAAAGUUGAUAAAAAUGGCGAAAGUUUUUUUGUUCGUUGCCCUUUUCGUGAUUGUGGUGGAUGCUGCGCAUAAACACCAUCCGAAGUUCCCGAAGGGCUCAGAGGAGUACGACGCAUCUGAUAUUAAAAAAGUUGCCUGCAGUAGUGAAAACGACAGGCUUCGUAAUGAAAUCAUUGAAAAGUCAAGAUGCGGGCCACCGAAAGAAGUGUUCGUGUAUCUAGAGCCUACAGCUGCUCAUGAGCAGGUAAUCACAAUGAUUAUAAUAAUUUACAAAGUUUAAGCGACAUUAGUUUAUUAAUAGAGAAAUUUAAAGCUGAAAGUAUAGAACCGAGUUCAAAUAUUUUAUAUUAAGCUGUUUCAUUAAGCUUUUACACAUUCUUAACAAACUAAAAAAAUGUUAAUUUAAAAAUGUCGUCAUAGUUAUUUUUACAAUUACGACAUUUAUAUGGGUUUCUAAAUGUCAUUAAAUAUGAAGUCAUUUUAAACAAAACAAAAAACUUCAAUUGCUUACUUAAUUGCUAAACGUUGCCUAAUCAGUAUAAUUAUCAUAUGAUUUAAUAUUCGCUGCGAACAUUCUUAAUUGCCAGGUAUUUACUUAUCAAUAAAUAAUUAUAAUAAGCGCCGAUGAAAUAUUUGCCGAAGUAUUUCAUAACUAAAUUAUAAAAGGAACCAUCCGUUUCGUCAGACACUCAUUACGAGCAGACAUACCGUUUACAUCAUUAUUAUCAGUUAAUGUCCAUGCGAUGAUAUUUUCCGUCUAAAGUAAUACGGUGACUCACUGAAUAUCAUAAGUGAGAUUACGUUUUGCCAUCCGAAAUAUUAUCACUAACGUAGAGCACGCUCUCUAAAUAUUUAUUUAUAAACCUGUUGAAUGAAAUUUACGUCACCGAUAUUUAACAUUACAUUUGAAUAAUAUAAAACAAUUAAACAAAUCUUGUUUUAAUUGUUAUGUGAAAUUUACCUUUGCCAUUACAAUUUGAACGUUAUGUUUUAAUAUUAUGUAGAGCUAAUGAAUUUCUUCAUAAGCGGAUGAUAAUUUCCGUAUCCCCAACAUCUAUUUAGAUUAAAUUAAUUAUUUAUAUUGCACCCGAAGCAAAGUCGGGCAUCGGCUGGCAAUAAAUAGUGUACCAACUGUUUGUGUCCGCGUCUCAGUCAUUAAGUUUGCGUGAGAAAAUCCGCUUUAUACAAACGAUACUGACGUGAGCGUGUUUCCCCAGGUGAGCCCUGGUGCCGUUUGGGUUAAACGAUGUGUUGGCCUAUGUGACUGGGAGACGGACGGCUCCAAAUGCAUCCCCACCAGAACUGCCAUCAGGCAGAUACCAGUCCGAAUAUAUAACGUGAAAACAGACAAAGAGACGUGUUCAACGUACCCUGUCGUAGAGCACGUCAGUUGUGGAUGCUGUUCGGGGUCACGUACGGAUUGUGGAGAGAACCGGGUGUUCAAUCCUCCGGGGCCAGAAUAUGCGGUGGAAUCGAUCUAAGUGCGCAUGUGAACCCCGGAGGAAGAUAAAAUGAACUCUAUGCACACAAAUUUAAGGUUGUGUUAACUGAUUGAAACCGUUGCGUUAGACAACAAGACGUACAGUGGAAAACGAUGAAGACAAAAUUGUGAAUUUCCCAAGAUUUGUGUUGUGAAAUUAUGGACCGUACGCGCAUUUCAAUAAAGUCGACUGACUCAAGUGUCUUAUUAUAGUCAUAAGUUUAGGUAUUAAAUUAAUCAAACAGUAUUACGUUAAUGUAAGUUACGUCUAAGUUAUUUAUUCACUAGAAAAGGGGCCAAAAAGAGCUGUGAGUGUUAGGAUUGCUUAGUUCUGAUUCUUAGGACUUUUUGGUUGUAUUUAUUUCAAACUUGUAAAUAAGCACUAUUACUUAAAACUAUUGAACUCUCCAUAGUAUUAUAUAAAGUUGCUUAGUAUUAAAUGUCAGACGAUGGUGUGGAGUGACAUCACGAAACAGUAUUUUUAAUAAUAUAUUUUGUACGUAAUUAGAUUUAAGAACGUAAAUAAUGAUUUACGUAAUUCCUAAAAUGUGAUAUAGGUUGUUAUUCCAUUUCUGUAAUUAGUUGUAAAAGUAAGCAUUUAAAAACUAGAUCAAUUUUUUAGGGUAAUUUUUUAUUACUAGUCAAGUGGUUAACUUAAAUUAUUUAUGUCUCGAUAUUACUGAGUGGCUCUCUUUAUAAUAAUAAUGAAUACACUUAAUAUGAUAAAAAAAAUAUUUAUCAUGCUCAUGGUUCUGAUUUGUGUAAUAGUUUAAAUAGCUUAUUUUACCUAAUCAUAGUUUAGAACAAUAUUUUUUGCUUCAAGCCUAGUCUAUGAUUGUGCCAAAGGCAUAGAAUCUCAUAGGUUUUUUGCGUAUUUGUGUCCUAUUUUAAUUUAUUUAUUGUAACGUAUGAAGCUUAUGAAGCUUUAAGUGAUUAAAUCACGAGUUUAGUUUAAUUCUUUUGUAUUUGUUUUGUAUUUGAAUAUGUCAGUAUUCAUCGAAAAAGCGCCGAAUAAUAAAAUUUGUACUUAAUUUUUUCAACAUCUUGUUUCUUUUUUUCGUUAA